AAGUUAUUGUCAAUUUUUUUUAGAUAUAUUCUAUGAACACAAAACAAAACACUACAAUUUACAAACCCCCCUUUUUGCUCUCCCAUUUUCCUUCUUGAGCAUGCACAAAGCUCAGAACUUGAACAUCAGCAUUGCCUCAUGAGCCAUUAGGGUUCAUCUCCCAAGAAAGAAGCACAGAUUUUGAGGAAGAUUUCGUUUGUGGGUUGCUUAGGUUACCUGCAGAAAUGAGUGCAUCAAGGUUCAUAAAGUGUGUCACUGUUGGUGAUGGUGCUGUUGGCAAGACUUGUAUCCAUUGGCAACAGGAUUAUGUUCCAACUGUCUUUGACAAUUUCAGCGCAAAUGUGGUUGUGGAUGGGAGCACUGUGAAUUUGGGUUUGUGGGACACUGCUGGCCAAGAAGAUUACAAUAGAUUAAGACCUUUAAGCUAUCGAGGAGCUGAUGUAUUCCUGCUAGCAUUCUCUCUCAUAAGCAGGGCUAGCUAUGAAAAUGUUGCCAAGAAAUGGAUUCCUGAGUUGAGGCAUUAUGCUCCUGGUGUUCCAAUUAUUCUUGUUGGAACAAAACUUGAUCUUCGGGAUGAUAAGCAGUUUUUUCAAGAUCAUCCUGGUGCAGCGCCUAUCACCACAGUGCAGGGUGAGGAACUGAGAAAACUUAUCGGUGCUCCAGUUUACAUCGAAUGUAGUUCAAAAACACAGCAGAAUGUGAAGGCUGUUUUUGAUGCGGCCAUCAAAGUAGUUCUCCAGCCUCCAAAGCAGAAGAAAAAGAAGAGAAAGGGUCAAAAAACCUGUUCCAUAUUGUGAUCUUCUCAGUUCUAAAUUGGUAGUUGGCAGAGGAUGACAUGACUGUAGCCAUUUCUUGGUAGUCUUUGCCAUUCUAUAUCUUAUAUACUAUUUCCAACCUAGAGGAAGAAAUCGCCCGGCUCAACUGACCACAUUUACGGUUCGCUAAUAAGCAUCAAUCUAUUUGUCUCUCUGGCUGUAGGAUCUGUGUACACAGUCAUAAUCUCAAUAUGUUUGGCAUGAACAAACUUCUAGUGCUCUUCUGGGCUGUUUUACCUGUUGUAUUGACACUAUUAAAUGACCAUUUCCUUCUGUGGACAUGGUUUCUAUUUGGAUUGUAAUGUAAUGUAAUGUAGGAAGUGCUUGCAUAUGUGCCUUGAUAUGAAACUAAGUAUAUGUAAUUAUGUUAGCUGCUUAACAGACUGAAAUAUAGUUGGUUUGAUUAAGGGUUCAUGCUUUCAUC